AAACUGCAUAUUUAUCCCACUCAGUCUUGUCUUAUCCUGCUCUAAUGUCGUUCCAAUCAUGGGACAGCAAAUUUGUGUUCUGUCUUUCUUGUGUACCAAAUGCACCAUUUGUUGGCAAGCUCUCUUCACAUUUUUCACAAGCUGGGGGUUUUCACGUAAAUGGCAGCUCUACUUCUAGAGCAGUCUGCAUACAUCCCACUACCAACCCCACAUUCUGGUCCAUUCUCAAAAUGGCGUUUCUUGGUAGAGUUGGCAAUCUGCUUAAACAGUCAGGAAGCAAGCAUGCCAGUAUUGGAUUAUCUUCCACAAAUUCACCACUUUUUAAGGCAAUCAGAAGCAUGUCAUCUGCUAAGCUCUUUGUUGGAGGACUUUCAUAUGGAACUGAUGAAAUGGGAUUAAGAGAAGCUUUUCAGCAAUACGGGGAAGUGAUAGAUGCCAAAGUUAUCACGGAUCGUGAUUCUGGUAGGUCUCGAGGUUUUGGCUUUGUUAGUUAUACAUCAGCUGAUGCAGCUAACACUGCUCUUCAGGACAUGGAUGGCAAGGAACUCCAUGGUCGAAGGAUUAGAGUCAACUUUGCCCAAGAGAGACCUCGUCCAUCCUUCGGUGGUGGUGGUGGAUACGGCGGUGCUGGUUACGGCGGAGGUGGUGCUGGUUAUGGCGGCUACGGAGGUGCUGGUGUUGGUGGAGGCGGUUAUGGAGGAGCUGGUGGGUACAGUGGUGGGUACAGUGGUGGCGGCUAUGUAGGUGGCGGUGGGUAUAGUGGCGGUGGCUAUGGUGGCGGCAGCAUCAACAAUGCAGGUGAGUAUGGCAGCGGGAAUCAUAAUGCUGCCAGUGGGAAUGAUCCCUUUAACGGUGUUGUUGAGCAAGAACCGUUAGCUGGUGGUGGUGGUGAUGGUGAUGGCAAUCUGAACCAUCGUGAUUAUGAAGACGAUGAUUAUGCCAACACAUCCAACAAGUAAAUACCCGGAAUCCAUUUGACCAUGGGAAGUUGAAUAAACCAGUCGUUGUCAAUAUGUCGUGACUGCCGUUUAGCGGCUGUUUUCGGUUAUAUAAGUGUUACGUGGUGGAGUCGGGCAAUUUUCUGAUGGAAAGUUGCGAUGUCUUUUGCGUUUAAAUUUUGUUUACAUGGAAAAAUUAAAACGUUCGAUUGUGGUUCAAAAGUACUUGUUAUUGUAGGGUCUUUUGGAUAAUAAUCUCACUUACUUUUGCUUGCC